CUAUUAUCAUUAUAAUACUUAUUAAAAACACACUGUCUGCAACAUACCAGAUGUAUGGAUGGGAUUGAUCUUUAGCCUACAACAGCACUUUUUAUUUCCUUGUUGGAAUAAAAGCUCCAACACAUCAUACUUUAUGAUCCUACUGAUAAACAUUUAUACUGCCUAUUAAUAUUUGACUUUUGUUCCAGGUUAAAGAUGAUUACAUGCAAUUGAGAUUGUUUGUGACUCAGCAGACCUUAUAAACCUCCGGCUGUGAGUAACUUGUUCAUUCUUCUCCUGGUUGGUUUCCUGGUUGAAGCUGCUGAUUAAUUUCACCCUCACUCAUCGGCUUGAUUCUGAUUAUUUUCAGCAUCUAAAGUUCAGACACAUCAGAGCAUCCAGACUGACUGACAUCAAGAUUUUCAUCAGAUCCCCUCAGCAGAACUCUGAUGAUGAAGCUGGUUUCAGUCUUCCUCCUCCUCCUGGCUCCAGUGUUGACCUGCUGCUUACCUCUCGUCCUCCCGCUGGACUGCAGUGACAUCCAUAACAAUGACAACAGCCAACUCAGUGGAGUGUACACCAUCUAUCCCAUCGGAGCCACGUCUGCUGUCCAGGUGUACUGUGACAUGGACUCAGCAGGAGGAGGCUGGACGGUGUUCCAGAGGAGGAUGGACGGCUCAGUGAACUUCUACAGGCCCUGGGAUCACUACAAGAAGGGCUUUGGUAGCGCUGCUGGAGAGUACUGGCUGGGCCUGGAGAGUCUCUUCCAUCUGACUCUGAGGAAAAAGUUUGAGCUGCUGGUCGACAUGGAGGACUUCAGUGGGAACAAAGUGUUUGCUCGUUACUCCUCGUUCUCCAUCGACCCAGAGUCCCACGGAUACAGACUGCAUGUGUCUGGAUUCACUGAUGGAGGAGCAGGAGACGCCCUGAGUUAUCACAACGAAUACAAGUUCACCACCUUCGACAAAGACCAGGACUCUCACAGCGGUAACUGUGCCAGACUCCAACUGGGGGCGUUCUGGUACGUCGGCUGUUCCAAUGCAAGCCCCAACGGGGUUUAUCGCUGGGGGGCUGAUGGCACUAUCAAUCGUGUUGGAGUGGAGUGGUACAACUGGAAGGGCAGUAACUAUUCCCUGAAGACCAUCAGCAUGAAGAUUCGUCCUGUGCAGUAAUUCUCCAGAACAAACAAACAGAAUAUCUGAUGAUAUCUUUCUUUCUCUCUGAUCUGUAACCUCACAUAUUAAUCAAAUA